AUGGCUGGAAGCAGCUUGCGUGUGGCUGGGGGCAUAACAUUUUUAAUCGGAGAGAGCUGUCUUUUUGGAAGGAAGAGUAAGCUUAUCCCAACUGCAGAACCUGAGCUGAGGGUGUGCCGGCAAUAUUCUGAAAAUGCCUGCUGUUCUCAGGACCAAAUAAAUGCCCCUUCUCUUCACCCAUUCCCAUGGGAACUAUGUGGACCAUUAAGUUCAAGGUGUGAAUCAUAUCUAAGGAGGGUACAGUGUAUGUAUCUUUGCUCACCACAUAUCUCUGCAUGGGGAGAUCCAGAUUCUGCUACAGGAAUCAAAGAGUUGCCUUUGUGCCAAGGAUUCUGUGAUCAUUGGUUUGAUGCGUGUAAAGAGGAUUUAAUAUGUACAGACUCCACUAGCAGUGCUACAAACUGCUCCCAAGGUUGUGACACUUACACACAGAUAUUUGGAACAGGGAGACAGCUCUGUGAUAACAUCUGGAAUCAUUCAUUUGUUACGGUUCCCAAGCCAUGCUUCUGCAUCACUCCACCAGGAGAAGAGCCAUCACAAGACUUUACCCCUGAGGAGCCAGACAACAAUCAGGAGGGACCUUCUGGGUAUUCUGAACUGUGUCCCACAGCUCCCCCAGAAAUUAUCCCAAAGCAGAGGACAAGAAGGGCUUUACGAAAGAAGAGAGUCUUUGUGGAGGAUGUAGAAGGAAGUGGAAGUGGCUUUUAAGAGAAGACAGCUAACGUUCUACUUCACCACAUCAUGUUCUGGGUGAUCUUGUCUAAUUCCUUCAGUAAAAUGCCCCAAUAUCUUAAAAACGAUUAGCCUCCCAAUUAACUAAAAAGGACAUUGUGCUUUAAAAAAAAAAUUCUCUUGCAUUUGAAAGAGCAACAUUUAAUCAUGUUGACAACAUUUUGCCUGAAAAAUCAUUAAGUAAAAACUAUUUUAAUUUAAAGAGAAUCAGGUUUAAGUAUCCUAAUGUUCACUGGAAACUCCUACAUUUGUAUUUGUGACAAGGGACACAUCUACACACAGGACAAAUUGGUAUGCUCGGGAUAUGAACAUGCAUAAAAAUUAAAAUACAUUUUAAAAUUA